AUGACGACGACGUCAACGACAGCAUCCGCAGAAACGCGAAAACGAAGAAGAGAAACUUUGUUGCGAGAGAUUAAAGAGCACGCCAGAGGCGCUUUGUUUGAGUACGAUUCCAACGAGAACAUCAUCGCCAAAGAAGCGAAGAAGAAGAAGAAGAAUGUUUUUGGCGGCGAGAAUGGUGGUGAUGUGAAGAAGGAAAAGAGGUGGACCAACUCGGAGUGGCGGGACGCGUUCGACCGCUUAUUUUUGGACGACGCGGAGACGUUUAAAGAGGUUGGGAUGCAAGACGAUUUACUGUUUUACGCGCCCAGUAGCGGUAGGAGCGCUUCGUCUUCUUCGUCGCUUUACGUUUCAUCGGGAGAGAACAACAAGAGCGGCGCGAAAGGGGACGUCGUCUUCGUUCGCCGGUGGAAGAAGAAAGAUAGGAACAUUGAGAGUAGCGACGUCGCUACCGCCACGGCCGCUGAUAAUAAUAAUCUGGAGGAGUUGACGACCGAGAACGUGGAUUGGCGAGCGACGACUUUACUGAACAUCGUGCAGCACACCACGUAUUCCGCGGAGGUUUCCGUGUGCUUGUUAGACCAGUUGGAAAAGAGACAACAAAAGAGUGGUAAAAAGGGAGGUGAAGAUAAACAAGGAACUUUAGCGAACCCGUUGGCGUCGUGUAAAACUAAAGUCUUCGCGAGCACGUCGAAAAUGGCGCAGUCGAACAAUUUGAAGAGCGAUAGAAGAGAGUCAACGUUACCUGAGGUGGCGUUUGAGUCGUAUUACGCGAACAACGAAGAGUGGGAGAAGUGCGCGUUGACAAAAGACGGAGAUUGUUUGUGCGUGAGAUUGUUCGCAACAGGCGGCGUGUUAAAGAUGCACGACGGUGAUAACAAUUCAAAAACAACGGAAGAAGAGAAAAUUGUAGUAUUUAGCGGAUUUGCGCCGAGAUCGGACGUGGCGAGAGCAUAUAACGUGGAGAGGAAAGCCGCGUAUAAGCAAGCGUUUACAUUUCGUGCGUUUGCCAACUCGACGUUUGGGUUUGAUUUACCAAAAUUUCACAAUAAUAGCGACAUUAACAGAAGAAGGAAGUAUGGUGGUAGCAAUAGUACUAGUAGUAACGGCAUAGCGGGAAAUGGUCUGUACGACAACGGGUAUCGAGUAAACGGCGCUCACGGAAAUCACGAGGACUACGAUGAUGAUGAUGACGACGAUGAUGAUACCGGUGAAGCAGAUCAUCUCGAUGGAGAUAUUCCUGACAGUAGUAACCAUAACGACAACAAUAUCGACGACGACGACGGUGAUAAUCAUGGUGGCAGCGGAGGAGGAGGAGGAGGUACCUCUUUCCUCUCCCCAUACCGCCAUCAUCCGAAAUCCUUUGCCUCACCGUCCCGAGGAGGCGCCGGCGAAACCGACGCCGUCGUCACGUUAGGACGAGGCACAGAAAAGGAAGGUGAAGCUGCCGUUGCCGUCUCCGCCGAACAUUUACACUUUUCUCCAUCUUCCACCCAAAUUGGUGGCGGCGGCGACGACUUUUCCGCGAGCGGUGGCAGCGGAGUCAACAGUGACGCGGACAACUCGAGCGCCUACGACACCGACGAGACCUCCUCCUCUCGUCACGCCGCCUCCGGCAAAAACACCACCAAAAACAGAAAAGGAGGCGUCCGACGACUUCUUAAUUUCGGUCGAAAAGUCGAAACCGUUCGAGAGGUCGCCGAAUCGUCCUCGCUCCCCUCGCCUUCUUCUCGCAGAGCCGGCGGAGGCGAGACCGACGUGACUCGCUUGCGGUGUCGUUUGCUCAGCGUGAAAGUCCACUGGAGAGCGCUCGCGAGAGAUUUAUUGUAUAAAGAGUGGAGAUGA